GCUGUUUUUAAUCGAAUGGUAAAUCAUUUCAAAUAAAUGUUAAUUUUUUCAUUUGACAGCUGCUAGUUAUUGUUUUUACUUAUAUAACCGAUAAAAAAAUACCUUUUAAAGUUAUUGAAGUGCAAAUUGAAAUCGGGCUAGCAUAGUAAUUGUCAUUCAAAUUAUAUGACGAAAUAGUACAAGGUGGUUCAUGAAAAUUGAAUAUACAUGGGUUAAAUCAAUAAAUAAUAUAUUUUUUGCUUUCUGAGGAUUAAAUUGUUUUUCAAAAUAUGACUGUAAAAACCAGAUUAGAAAUAAAUUUAAGAAGAUUGCUAGGUCAAUGUGAAUUGCUUGCUAAAGAUGAUUUUGUUGAUUGGAAACUUGAAAUGUAUCUAGAAGCUGUACAAGAGAUGAUUGAAAAACUUCAAACAUCUCCAGGGAAGCCAUGUAGAGAUAUUAUGGUUAAAUAUAUAAAAAGGGUUGAGUUUUUAAAAGGUGUUAUAAAUACAAAGAAAAUUUCAAAUCCUGUUGAGCGAGUAGUUGCUGCUCAAAUGCUACCUAUAAAUAUCAUAUCAACAAAUGAAGCAAUUGAUGGACCCAGUAUAACCACUCAGAUACAUCAGAGGACUACUGCCAAAUAUGGUCAAGAAGUUAGAGAAGAAUUAUUUAAAUCCAAUUCGGUUGAUGGAGCGAGAAAGAGACAUUUUGGUACAAUUGAAGAUAGUCAGGAUAUAGAUGCUGUUCUAAAGCAUCAUCGGGAAGUACAAGAGAAAGUUGCUGAAAACAUGAUUAGUCUUACUAAGAGUAUGAAAGAACAUGCUUUGACUGCUAAUAGAAUAAUUAAAAGAGAUGUUAUACUCUUAGAAAAAUCUGAUCGUUUGACUGAUCAGAAUACAUCCAGAUUAAAAAACGAAUCAGUGAAACUAUCAGAACAUACUAAAUCUAAUUGGAGGUGUUGGACAUGGUUGAUGUUAGCAUUUGUUAUUGUAGUAUUCUUAAAUAUGGUUAUUUUCAUGAGUAUUGCAAAAAAAAAAUAUUAGUUUGAUUAAUUUAAAUAAGUUAACUAUUUUUAAUUAAUUAUAGUUAUUUUAUAUUUAAAACUUAAUAUUUUUUAUUUCAAUUGUACAUUGAAUCAUUU